AUGAACGCCGAGCCACCUUUUGGACCGAUCGUCAACGGCACCCAGGUCGUGGUCUUUUACUACUACCGUCCAAAUAAAGGCGCUGCCUACACUUUCAUUGUUCUCUUCGGAUUGGCAACCCUCGGGCACCUAGUUUACUUGGUCCGCCUUCGAGCAUGGUUUUUCAUCCCUCUCAUCUUAGGCGGCAUCGGAGAGGUGUUCGGAUACUUUGGUCGUGCGCAGUCUUCCGAUGAGCCCGACAAGGUCGGCCCAUUCAUUCUGCAAAAUCUCCUGCUUCUUAGCUCAGCGCCGAUGAUCGCUGCUACGAUAUACAUGGCUCUCGGCCGCGUCAUAAGUGCCCUCGCCGCUGAACGCCACGCAUUCAUCAGCCCUCGAUGGAUGACAAAACUCUACGUCCUCAUCGACAUUGGUUCUCUUGGCACCCAAAUUGCCGGUUCCAUCAUGCCUGCAUCCGGUGAUCCUUCAGCUAUCGAACUGAGCCGGAAGAUUGUCAUCACGGGUCUAAUAGUACAGUUUGUCGCCCUAUCGUUCUUUAUCUUGACUUCCUGGCACGUUCAACGUCGCACAAAGAGGAACCCGACACCUGUCACCUUGAAGUGCCGCUCGAUAAACUGGCAGAACCAUUUCAGGGUUAUCAAAGUUAUCACGGCGGCGGUAAUUGUACGGAGCAUGGUACGAGCAGUCGAAUAUAUCCAGGGCGAGAAUGGAUUUGUUAUGGCGCACGAGGUGUUCAUUUACCUCUUUGACGCGACGUUGAUGUUUUUGGUCUUGCUCGCAUUUUUGAUCCUACAUCCUGCAAGGUUGAUGAGGGAUGCGCGACAAGCAGAAAAGGAAGACUGGGGAGGCGAAGAGUUGGCGAUCAUUCGUCCAAAUCAUCUUUGA